AUGGCGAUGAACAUGGCGGAAUUGAAAGAAUUUGAUGUCAUUCGUGUGGCCAGAAGCGAUGGGUCGGAUACUGGACCAGGCUACUGGCCGGUCACCACCGCGAACGCAACGACUGCGACCAAAAAGACAAAAGACAUGGCUGCUGCUGCUGAGAAAACACCGAGGACCAAACCUCAGAUGGUCCGACUAGCGGAAGAUGACCCAAGAUUCACCGAGUGGAAAGUCAAACUCGGUAUUCUUCUCAAGCAGGAGCUAUGUCCAAAUCCCGAUGAAGGAAAUCCGUGGCUCGUGAAUUUCCCACGGGGGUACUGGCUCUAUGAGAAAUCCAAGCACCUUUGGGUCUCUGGUUACCCAAUCAAGGUGAAGCUUUUCAAGAGCCCGCAGGAAUUUGCUGUCCAUCUGAUUUGGCUACUUUCGACGUCGAUGGACUACCGAGACUGUUGCUGUGCGCACUGUAACGCCGCAAACAUACUCAAGGGAGGCGUCUCUGCUGAUGACGGGUUGAUCAUCACACAUGAACCUCCCAAGGUUGACAAGAUGCCACCUAGAGUAACACCCGUGCCCCUACCUCCGAUGCCUGGACAGGUACCUCAGAAGUCUGGCAACGCCGUACCUCGUUCUGUAUCCGCACAAUCUACGCCGGCUGCUACGGCGCAGAAUUCUCCAGCUCCCACGCCAAUCUCUACCGCCGCAGCUACGGUACAGCAAUUUCAGCAACCACCGCAGGCUCGGCCUCAAGAACAUGUCAUCCAACCGCAACCUCAACCUCAACCUCAACCACACCCACAACAACUGCAACCUCAAACCCAGCCUCACCCUCAUCACCAGCAACCACCGCCACCGCCACCGCAAAUACAGCAAGCACAAACUCAACCACAAGUACAGCAGCAGAUUCAACAACAGCCCCCCCAUCUUGCUCAAGCACAACAGCAGCCUAUUCAAUGGUCAUUAAGAUCAUCAUUAUUGUUCCGAUCUGGCGAGCUUGUAUGGUACCAGAAUGGCAGUACCUGGCGUCUUGGAGUUAUUGCUUCUUCUUCUAAUGGCCAGCAUGAGGUUAUGCCCAUUGGCCAUGGUGCUAUCAAACAAAAUAACGUAACAAAGACGGAUGGAGACAUGCGGCCUUUUUAUGCCUUUACCGUCCCACCCGUUGCCUUGGCCGAAUUGAAGGAAAAGGCGUUUGACGGUGUUUCGUGGGAGUCUCUUAUCCAGAGUACAGUAGACGGGAACGGACGUGAGCUGAUUGCACUUGAUGCUUCCAAAAUGGCAGCCGUUAAGAUCGAUUAUUCGUACUCACUAUGGUCCAAGCAUAUAGAAGACCCAAAAAGCAAGACUGUUACUUACUACGGUUGUUUCUUUGGAGCUGAGCGGGUCGAGCUUGGAGACGCCAUGCGGCUUAAAACGCUGCCGGCCGAGCUCAACAUUCCGGCCGAGACAUGCGUUCUAGGUCUGCUUUUUAUCUAUACUAGGAAAGAAUCCCCCGGCGCCGUCUUCUUCCGCGGUCAUGUUUACCAGCUCGUACCUGAAAAUCACCCAAACAUAGUCCGGGACGAACAUCUUCCCGUUGCGUUGCGGAACGAGAGUCAGUGGCGUCGUUCGGUAGGAGCACAGCGCUGGUGCUAUGCGCUGGUCAAGGAGAACGUUGUGUUCAAGGAGCAGUCGAUUAGAGGUCGAUUCUACCCAACUCAUCGUCUCAUGCCAAUCCUCAACCCGGCUGAAUUCCAGAGCUCGAUUGAGCAGCGCCGAGUUGACGAACAAUACGCCCAUCUCAAUAAUCGCAUGGAUGGAGCGGGGCGAUAUCUUGGCCGCAAGAUCAACCGACUCGAUACCCUUGGGGCUUCGGUGGCCCAUACAGCCAGGAUCAGUUUGGAGUCAUUCAUCAAGGAAGGGGAUCAGCCGGUUGAAUAG